GGGGCGGUACUGCCACAUCCGGGGUCCGGAGGCCGUGGCUGUUUUGUUUUGUUGGCUGAAACCGGGUGAGGCGGGCCGGUGUGGCGCGACACCGGGCUCCGGACCCACUGCACGACGGGGCUGGACUGACCUGAAAAAAAUGUCUGGAUUUCUAGAGGGCUUGAGAUGCUCAGAAUGCAUUGACUGGGGGGAAAAGCGCAAUACUAUUGCUUCCAUUGCUGCUGGUGUACUAUUUUUUACAGGCUGGUGGAUUAUCAUAGAUGCAGCUGUUAUUUAUUCCCCCAUGGAAGAUUUCAACCACUCAUACCAUGCCUGUGGUGUUAUAGCAACCAUAGCCUUCCUAAUGAUUAAUGCAGUAUCGAAUGGACAAGUCCGAGGUGAUAGUUACAGUGAAGGUUGUCUGGGUCAAACAGGUGCUCGUAUUUGGCUGUUCAUUGGUUUCAUGUUGGCCUUUGGAUCUCUGAUUGCAUCUAUGUGGAUUCUUUUUGGAGGUUAUGUUGCUAAAGAAAAAGUUGUAGUAUACCCUGGAAUUGCUGUAUUUUUCCAGAAUGCCUUCAUCUUUUUUGGAGGACUGGUUUUUAAGUUUGGCCGCACUGAAGACUUAUGGCAGUGAAAACAUCUGAUUGCCUACAGCACGACAGCCCUGCAUGGGUUUGUUUUGUUUUGUUUUGCCAUUUUCUUUCUUUUUUUUUUUUGUAAUGCCAUUUUCUAAGCUUAUUUCUGAGUGUAGUCUCAGCUUAAAGUUGUGUAAUACUAAAAUCACGAGAACACCCUAUUUAAACAACCAAAAGUCUAUUGUGCUAUGCACUUGAUUAACUUAUGAAAUGUUACAGGAAACUUUCACAUGAAUAAUUUCUGUCAAAUGUUAUCAUGGUAUAAUUUGUAAAAAUAAAUUACAAAAGAAAUUAUG